UCGAAUAGUUUGAGAACCACUGGUCUAGAGUUAUGUGAUGACUCUGUUUGCAGUAAAAAUACGCUCCCCCUCACAUUGCUGGUUGAAACGCAAAAUUUUUUUUUACCUCACAGGAACACUGCGGCCAGUAUCCUGCCAAUGCAAUAAUACUUCAAUGCUUAUAAGGAAAGGUAUGGGCGAGAUAACCUCUCCGAAUUAUCCCCCAAACGAAUACGGAAAAUCAGCUUCAUGCUUAUGGGAGUUCAAGCCUUCCGUAGAUGGGAAGAAUUACAGUCUCGGUCUGACGAUUAUUUAUCAACGACUCUAUUUUGUUGUUGAAAAGUUAGAGAAAGAUUGUUCCGGAAAUUAUUCGCUUUUUAUAAACAAUGAUAAACAAGACUGCAAAAGAUACAUUGGCUACCAGAAUCAAUACGUUCCAUUGGUGUUUUAUGAUUCUAACUCAUGUGACGCUGGAUCCACCAAUCAAUCAUUCUCUCCGGGUGUUACAAUUCGAUAUACUUCCAAAGGAUUGUUGUCGGGUUUGAAUCAAUCUAGUAUAGGCUUCAAAAUCCUGUACAAUUUCAUCGAAUGUGGUGAGGCGUGGGCAAAAGCAACGACAGAUACAUCUCUCACAGAGUCUUUGGAAACAGGAACAGUCAACACAAGUACUGGCACGACCCCAAUACCAAGUGAAAUGAGUCUAACAACUCUAAUAAUCCUUCUUCUGUUCAUACUUAUCGGUGUUUCACUCAUGGUCGUGACUGGAAUUGUAUUCUUCAGGAAAAAACGUUUACAACUCACAUCAAAUACCAACACAGCACCGAGGACGAUCCAUAAUUUGUCUGAAAUGAGAAACGCUAUCCCCAUGGGACGAAACGUGACUUCAGGUGAAGAUGAUUACGAAGAAGUUCAAGCUGGGGCAACUGGUGAAUAUGAAGCGGUGCAACCAGCAACAGGUAGAUACGUGAACAUACAGACCAUGCAGUCAGCUCUUUGGUAUGAAGAGAUACGGUCAACAACUGACGGUUACGUGGACGUACAGACCGAACAAGAAGCUGACGGAUACGUGUACGUACAAACCGAACAAGUACUUGACGGAUACAUGAACGUACAAAACCAGCAAGCAGAUGAUGGGUAUGAAGCCAUGCAACCAACAACUGUUGAAUGCGAUAAAGUACAAAUCAGGACAACAGCUCAGGAUCAAGAAAGCGGACAAAGAAACGUAAACGUACGUAACAAGCAAGCAGCUGAUGGUUAUGAAGAAGUACGAUCAACAACUGCUGGAUACCUGAACUUACAAACCGAAUGGUUGGAUGAUGGGUACAAGAAAGGGUAUAUCAGGUCAACUACACAGAAGCAAGAUGUCGCAUAUGAAUCUAUAUAUAACUAGUUUUGCAUAAAGGAUUCAAGUCGUUGUUUGGGGAUGAUGGAGGUCUGAGGAGUGCUGGUAUUGUACUGAGCAGAAAAAACUCAUUAGCGCCGCCUUGAUUUUGAAAACGAAAUAUUAAAAAAGUAUUUGUCGGUAAUCGAUUCGAGCUCUUAGAUUUUGUUACCCUAUCUAAUUUAGUUCGCUGUUCGCACAAACCACUUAAAAAAAUUAUAUUUCUUUUUCUUAACUAACUAAAUAAUUACACAUAGUGUAAGAAUAUGCAAGUACUGUCAUGUAUUACUAUAUUAUUUUUAAACAAAUUCAAUUAUAAUAUUCAGA